GAAACAGGAAAAACACCCCAGUGUUCACAACCCUUCCCGCCCACAGCUGAGCAUGCCAACUCCCAGGGGCCAUGUCAGAAGGGGAGAGCAAGGACAGCUCGGGCAGCGAGUGCCCCGUGUGCUACGAGAAGUUCCGGGACCUGGAGGGCGCAAGCCGGACGCUGAGCUGUGGCCACGUGUUCUGCCAUGACUGCCUGGUCAAGUACCUGCUGUCCACCCGCGUGGAUGGGCAGGUCCAGAGGAUCCUGGUCUGCCCCAUCUGCCGCUACGUCACCUUCCUCAGCAAGAAGAGCUCCCGCUGGCCCUCCAUGCUGGACAAGAGCUCCCAGACCCUGACUGUGCCAGUGGGCCUGCCCUCCGUAUCCCCACUGGACAGCCUGGGCCACACAAACCCCCUAGCUGCCUCCUUGUCUGCCUGGAGGCCACCCCACGGCCAGGCCAGGCCACCGGGAAGCCCGGGCCAGAAUGCCCAGCUCCCCCUGGACCUGCUGCCCAGCUUGCCCCGGGAGUCACAGGUCUUUGUCAUCAGCCGCCACGGGAUGCCCCUGGGGGAGCAGGACAGCGUGCUGCCCCGCCGCAGCCUGGCAGAGCUCUCAGAGGCCUCCCCCGCGCCCCGCUCUGCCCGCGCCUUCUGCUGCCGAUCGCGGGCCCUGCUGCUCAUCACACUCAUCGCCAUGGUAGCCGUGGUGGCCGCUAUCCUGCCCUGGGUGCUGCUGGUGAGGAAGCAGGCGUGAGCCACACCGCAGGGAGGCCAUCGGGCUGGCUGUGGCCUGGGAGGGGGCAAGAGGCCCCAUGGCAGCCCUGGUGCCACCAAGCUCCGAGGGACACGUGGGCAGACAGAGGGGAGGACCUGGGCACAGAGAGGGCCUUGGGCUUCCCCAAACCCCGCUGGGGCUUCAGCUGGACAGGGAGGCUGGAGCUGACUCUGCACGUGUGUGUUCUCCACAUGAAUCCUUAGCAGAUAUGUUCCCCUUCCUCUAGGCUGGAAAGAUGGGAGGUCGCUGCUCUCCUGCGGGCUCACCAGGCCUGAGCAGCAGAUCUUACCUGCCAGGUGACCUGCCCAAAGCCAGGUGGACUCCUCCAGGGACAAGGAAGUCCUGCUGGCAGACAUCCUGCUGGGCGGGCCAAUGGCAGGAUCCUCCAGGCCAGAAUUACCACCCAGGAUUCUGUGGCUUACCCUUGGGAACAGACAGAAGCAGAGCCCAGAAUCUCAGCACUCAUCCUCAACCUCCACCAUACUCCAUCCCCAAGCCCUCCCUGUCCCCAACCUGCCAGCUUAGAAGGGCUUCCCUGAGGGAGAAGCUGAUCUCAGAGGCUGCCCCAGGAUUUCUGGGAGAAUCAACAGAAACUUCCUGGAGAGCUGAGGCCACAUGCAGAGCCCACAAACAGGGCCACGCCAGCAGAGUGGCCCACAAACAGGGCCAGAGGUCUCCCUGAACCUCCCAGGCCCAAGAAGGAAUCCAAACUUUGAGUCCUGGGGUUCUCAAGGGUGGCAGGAAGUGGAAGGGAAGCCUGACAGUCGAGCCUUGACUCAGCUGAGAACUAUGUGAGCAAACGAACCCCUGGGGCCCCUGCCUCCCUCCCAACUCAUCCUCUUCCUCAUGAACCAGCCACUCAUUUAGAGGCCACACCAGCUCAGCCAGUUUCCGAGGCGGCCGGCCAGGCUGGACUGGGUGAGGAAGGGUGGGGAGGAAAACAGCUGUGCUUGUCAGGGAUGCUGCCAUCUCAACCAAAGAAUGCUGAGGCCCAGGUGCUAUCAGCUGCUCCCCAAGGUUUCUUUGCCCUGGGCCCCCAGGUUGGACUGUUGAGUCAUUCAGGGAUAGCUAUAGGCUGUUUAUUGAGGUCCAUAAGUCAACUAACACCUUACAAUGGAGAACAACAGAAACCUCCAGCGAUUCCCAAUAAGUAGUGGUCUGCACCCAGGCGUGCCCACAGCGAAGCCUCCCUCCCCCCAACCUAGAUACCUCUAGGAAAUUUGCUGUCUGUGGGGGAAAAAGCAGCACUCUACGUUUUAUCUAGUUCCUAAAUGCCUGCUGUGGUGGUCAUUUGGGGGCCAUUGGGGAAUCGGGCCCCCCUACAGGGGAUAUUUGGGACACAGAGAGGGCUGCUUUAAAGUACUCGUGGGUUUCUCUGUGCCCAUUCCAAGAUUACAGAAGAGCCAGGUGCAGUGGCUCAUGCCUGUAAUCCCAACACUUUGGGAGGCUGAGGCAGGUGGAUCACCUCAGGUCAGGGGUUUGAGACCAUCCUGGCCAACAUGGUGAAACCCCGUCUCUACUAAAAAUUUUAAAAAUUAGCUGGGCAUGGUGGCACGCACCUGUAAUCCCAGCUACUCAGGAGGCCGAGGGAGGAGAAUUGCUUGAACCUGGGUGGCAGAGGUUGCGGUGAGCCAAGAUCGCGCCACUGCCCUCCAGCCUGAGUGACAGAGUAAGACUCCAUCUCAAAUAUAAACAUUAAAAAGAUCACAGAAGAGCGCAGGUGCUAUUGGCGGGGGGAGGAUGCGGGGAGGGAUGCAGAUGAAUUCCAUGGAGAAAUAUUUAUUAUAGGAAUAAAAAUAAUGUUAAAUGUGCAGACUCCAGUGAGUCAACCUCAGCCAGGAUGUUUUCAACAGUGUCAUGAAUUUCUGGGAACCGGAUUCUAGUCUUUUCAGAUUCUGUUGUGUUUGCCAAAAGUUUCUUUCAAAAUACCCUCAGUGUUUUCAUAUUGUUUAGUGGUGACCUGUAGGUGGAACUUCUUUUAUUUUCAGAGAAUGCCAAAAGCUAUUUUUUAAUAAAAGUAUAUAUUUUCUCAAAGAUUCCGGAGACUUUGCCAUGUAUGUGGGAAGCUCCAAGCCUGGACUUAAAGGACAAUUCGCUUUAGAUGAAAAAGUUUGAAAUACAAAUACAAAUGGCUCCUACACACCUAUUCAACCACACUUGCGAGAGAUAUUAAAAUUAAAAUUAA